AUAGGGCGAUUCUAAAACGGAUAUCGUAGAACAUACAUCAUGACGGCGUCGCGGUUAUUUGGAAUCUCCUUCCUCAUCGGGGUCGUCGCUGUCCAAAUUCUUGGCCAAAAAAUCCUCUCCAGCAAAAAGAGAUGCGGUGACCCCCAGUGCGAAGGUCAGAUGAUGAGAGCUUCGGCAAAGCAAGAUUACAGCGGACCGGACUGCCGGUUCCUCAGCUUCAAAGCUGGAGAGGAGAUCAAUGUGUAUUAUAAACUCGCCGAAGGGAGAGAGGACCUAUGGCAAGGCAGCAUAGGGAAAGCAUACGGCUUUUUCCCCAGAGACGCGGUCACCAUAGAAGAAGUCUAUCUGUCAGAGGAAGUGGAAGUUCCUGCACAGGAAAUCGAUUUUGUGUGUUUGGAUGGAGGUGAUUAUGUCUUUGAGAAUGAAGACAGCGUUCUUCAUAAGUUCAGAGAAAAUGGAGAAGACUUCAUGGAUCAUCCAGAAAAAGAAAACAGAGAGAAGACAUCGUCAGAAGGUGGCAUCUCAACUGAGGAUUUACAAGACGGCGUGAACCCUAAUGAAGAAGUUACAGACAAACCACCUUGGGCUCAAUCUGGCAUUGCAGGUUGGUUUGGGAUGGGAAGUGAUAAACAAGACAACACAGCCAAAGCAGAACAUGUUAAUGAAGAGGGCCUUCUGGCAGAACAAAUUCCAGAAAAUAACGUGGUACAACCCAAAGAUCAUGAGGUCUCUCAGCCAGAAAAUUCUGGUUGGUUCGGUGGCCGGCUGAAAAAGCUUCUGCCCUUUGGAGGAAAGAACACACAGAGCGAUACGGAAACAUCAGAAACAUCUAACCAAUUUGCAAACGAAGAAUUUGUGGUUGAAACAGAAGAAAAUACUUUGUCAAAUCCCCAGAAGGCUGAGCAAGAGAACCAAGAAAUCAAAAACCCCGAAGAAGCAAACCCAAAAUGGUUCAACUUCGCCAUCAAAAAUGUAUUGAGUUUCGGGGCCAAAAAUGAAAUAAAGAAAGAAGUCCCUUCCCAAAGUGAAGAUGAAAUUGGAAGCAACGAGAUAACAAAACAAUUGAGUCCUACUCUACUCAACGCUACAGGAAGUGAGACCGAGCAUAAAACUGAGAACUCAGAAGUUGUCCAAUUAACAACGGAAGAGUCGAAGCAUGAGACGAAAUUAAACUUGAAUAAUGGCUUAGAACAUUCCACCGUAUUCGGUGAAACAGAUAAAAGUGGGUCUGACGAGUCCAACAUUGGCAAUACUGAUGGCAUUUUGGAGGUGCUUGACCAACAGAAGUUUAUAAAAAUUCCAGAACAGGAAAACAAUAAAAAUUUCCAGGAGGAUCCAGAAGAUCCAAAGUCUGUUAUGACCAAUCAUGAGUCAACCAACUGGUUUAAAUCCGUUGUGUCAAACAUGAUGAAUUUAGGGAAGGGUGAUAAAGACCAGGUGAAGAGGGAGACAAACCAUGGUGUUGACUUAUCAAUCACGAACCUGGACCCAUCAAAUGAUAACCGUAAUUCCAUUCCUGGUGAAAUGGAGCCUUCAAGUAAAGAUUUCAUUGAAAAGAACAAUGAUCCAGAUAUUCAUUCAGAUAAACCGGUUGCCAAUGAAUUUGAAGGAACGCUCAAAGAGGAGCUGAAUAUCGACCCAGUAGAAGACUCUUCUACAAAAGAAAACAAAAUACAUUUAGAGGAUGAUGUUAUAUUAAAUGUUCAAGAAGUAGAUAGUCCAACAUCGGAAGGAAUAAGAAAAUUGGAUCCCAAUCCGGACUCAAGACAUGAGCUCUUAUUAAAAACCGAUAAAGAACUUAGUAUAGGGGCAAAUACUGGCUUAUCUUCUCUCGAAAAGGUUGGUCUUGCUGCAGGAUCAGCCAGCCCAGAGGAAGCCCAAGAGAUUAAACAAGAUGGAUCCAUCAAUGUUAAUGUGGAGACCUUAAGAGCUCAUUUUAAUUCAGAAUCCACUUUAGACAAAGUGGAAGAAAACACUAAAAGUAGCCCCGUUCGUGCUACAGGUAAAGUUCAAACAUUUGUGGAGAAAGUGACUGGCCAAUGCGGACCUGAGGAGCAAUCAGCCAAUGGAUACUGUAAAGCCCAGCAUAAAGCAGGACAGCCCAUGAGGAGCGCUCAGCCUACAGAGGAGCAUUGUGAGGACAUCGUACAUACAACCUCAGCUUACCCUACGCUGCCCUCUGCAGCAGAAAUUACGCUUUUCCUGAAGAAAAUGUGGCUGCGAUGCCAAGAAAGCUACAAUGACAUCAUCGUUCCCGUCCGCUCGGCGUAUACAAGUCAUGUCAGGAAGGUUGUCUCUCUUCUCCCGGAAGAUCUGCAGCCCGGUCCGGACUUCCACGGCUCCUCCUGGGAGGUGCUGAUCUUCACGGCUCUGAUUGGCUGUCUGUCCAUCUUGGCGUUUUUCUGCAGAACGGUGCGAUGUAUCAAAAGCCGAUGUUACGCAGGCCGGGAGUUGAAGCUCGGGGAUAAGUUCACUGAAAUCCUGAACAGCAAAAGUGAAGUCCUAGAAAAGCUGAGCGUUGUACAGAAACAGUAUGACGAGGUCCAGCAGUCCCUGCAGGAAUCCGGAAAUCACCAGUUACUGGAGGAGAUCGCCGAGCAGAAAACGUUACAGGAAAACCUGCAAACAUCUAACAGAGAAUUGGAGGAAAAUAUCUCCAGAAUUGAGCAGGAUCUAGAAGAAGAGAAACAGCGGGGGACAGAGCUGGAUAAUACGCUUUCGGAACUGAAUGAGAAAAUCAAAGCUUUGGAAGAUAGUUUCAAAAAUGAGAAGUCUUUGAAAGAAGAGAUCCGCACAACACAGAAAGUGUUUGAAAUUACCAAAGGCCGGCUGGAGUCGUCGGUGCGCGAUGCAGUGGAGGAGCAGGCUCACCUCCAGGAGAGCAUUAAACAGCUGUCGGAGGAGGCGGAGGGCUGGGAGGAAAGGUUCAGCGAACUCUCGGAGAACUCCAGGAUGCUGAGCUCAUCAGUGCAGGUUAUGCAGGAAGACCUGAGCAACAGACAGAGCCAGGUCAAGUCUCUUAUUGACAGUUUGCUGAAAAUGAAGGAUUGGAGCUCAGGGGUGGAAGAAAUCAACAAAGAUGAGGAUGAGGAUGGCGUGCUUGCCAGUAUCCAGUGGGAUUUUGAAAAUGGGGAGCCUUUAGGAGAUCCUCAGAAACAAACUAUAAAGAAGCUAAUCUUUGCUGCAAAGCUGAAUGCAUCUUUGAAGAGUGUUGAAUCAGAGAAGAAGCAGCUAUAUGAGAACCUCUCGGAUGAAGUGAAGGCCAAGGAGCAUUUUUCAGAAUGUAUCAGCAAUCUGCAGAACACAAACCAGUCCCUGUCUCUGGAGAAGAGGCAGCUGGAGGAGGAUGUGGAGAAGAUGAAACAGAAGAUGAGCGUCAUGAUGGAGGUGUACCAGGAAAACGAGAGAAAACUGCACAGGAAGCUGACCGUACAGGAGAGGGAGCGCGUACAGAAGGAGGCCAAACUCAGUAAAGCAGAUGAGAAAGCCAUCAUGGCCGACACCGAGCUCGUUACUGUCAGGACACGACUGACCGAACUGGAAGAGGAAACUGAGCGGAGCGUCACCUCCUAUCAGACGCAGGUCGGAUCAUAUGAAAAGAAAGCUUAUGAUAACUGGCUCACUGCAAGAGCAGCAGAAAGAUAUUUGAGUGAUGUGAAGAUCGAAACUUUAAAUCUGCGACAGAAGUUAACGGAGGCAGAGUAUAAACUGGAACUCCUGGAGAAGGACCCAUUUGCUCUGGAUGUGAUUCAAGCCAUCGGGAGAGCUUACGCAGACGCCUUUAUUAACCACCCAGAGAACUCACCGUAUGGCUUGUCACCAAUAAACCGCGUACCGGAGAACCGAGCUUUCCUCUCCCCUCCCCCACUUUUGGAAGGACCCCUCAGGCUCUCCCCCAUGCUGGCAGGAGAAAGAGGUAUGAGGCCCCCAGGAUAUUACCCAGGGUACCCCGGGCCUAAAGAAAGGCCUGACGUUAAUGCAGAUAGAAAAUCGGACCACCAGCGCACAUUAUCAGAUGCUGGGUCGUUAUCCCCACCGUGGGACAGAGAGCAGAAGAACAACGUUCCCCCACCAGGCUUACCAUUCCCAGAGCACCAUUUCCCACCCAGACGACCGGACCGAUUUUAUCAUUACCCGCCACCGUCCGGUAGAUUCUCUGGUCCCGCCGAACUGACCAGAAAUCAGGGCAAACCUUUCAUGGACUCGCAAGAUGGGCGAUCUUCUCCAGAAUUUAAAUCAAGAGGGAACACAAGCAGGGACGGGCCGGAAGAAGCCAAUAACGUCCCGGGAGCCCCCACAACGGAAGGUGAAGUGGGGGAUGGAGCAGCAACAGAAUACCACAUGCACCUUCCCCCACAAAUGAGAGUGCCAUUAUUACCCAUGGAUCCUAGAGCACCUUUCUUUAGGAGACCUUUCCCUAUGCCCCCACCUCCGAUGGACAUGUAUGGACCUCCUGGCUACCCGGGCUUUCCACCACCGCAUAUUGCAAUGAGAGGUCCUCUGCCACAGCAACGCUUCCCUUAUCCAAUGCCCGCCGAUGCCUUCUACCCCCCACAGCACAUACAGCCUCCGCCCCGAGGUGACCAUCCUUCAGAGACGCAGCCCGUGCCUCCGCCGUCCAGUGACUCCUCCCACAACCUCCCCGAAACACAAACUUGAUACUGCCAUAAAAAAAGAACUUUCCGAGAUAAAUGAAUUAUAGGAUAUUAUAUUUAUAGUUUUGGUUCAGAAGAUAUUUUAGCAUCUGUUAAGAUAAAAAAAAAAAAAAAAAAAAAAAAUAGAUAAUUUAACUGUGAAUAAGUCUGAACGCCAAAGCAUGCGGAAUUUUAAUUUUGCUUUUAAUUUGAUCGUUUUGUUUAGAAUGUAAGCAAGAAACGCAUUGUUCUUUUUUUAUUUUUAAGAAAGAAUUUUAGAAUAUGCAUAAAAAGAUUAUAUUCCGUAGAAGGCUGCUAUGAAUAAAGUCUAGUCUUUUUGU